AUGGACAUUGGCCGGUGUGAUCAACUUCAUUAUAUCAAAACUAUCAAAGGUGGUUUGGUUACAAAAGUCCUAAAUGUGUUUCGCGGGCGGCCAAAACUUUCAUUCAGAAGUCUUGCAGAUAUACAUGAACGUGAGAGCCUCAUGUUUGAUAAUGAUGAUGGAAAGGCUGAAAGACUAUGUGUUGAUGUAUUAGAGGAAGGAAUGGUGAAAACUGAACCUGAUGUUUUGGCGUGUGAGGCUGAUGAUGGAGAGAGAUUCCAUGACUUGGAUGAUGAUGAUGAGGACAAUGAUGAUGAUGAUGAUGAUGAAGAGUUUUCCAUUUUAACACUUAAGCAAAUUAAAGCAAGUUGCAAAUCAAGGAAGAGGAAACGCUCACAAGGUCUCAACUCUUCUAAAAUAAAAAUCAACAUUGAAGAUCCGUCAACUGUGGAAGACUACACAGAAAAGCAGCAUAUGGCAGAAGAUGAUCCUGAUUUCAUGGAGACUCUCAGUAGCUUGAAAACUAAACUAUCAAAGAAUACGAAGACCAAGAAGAAGAAGAAGAAGUGCCUAAAAGAUCUUCCAAUGUCCUCCCGGGAGAUUGUGCUAGUUGAGCAAUCCGAAGAGAUACUUGACAGUCAAGAGUUCUCACCCUCUAGUGGAGAUUCAGCUGCUAUUGUUGAAAUUAAAUUUGAUUGUCCUGAAAAUGUUUGUUUUGAUGGGUCAUAUGACUGUUCUGGUAGAGAAAGUAAAAGAGAUCACCCAAUUUCCUCCCAAGAGUUUGUGCUUGUUGAUGAAUUUGAAGAGGUACCGGGUGGUCAGGAGUUCUCACCCUCUAGUGGGGAUUCAGCUGCUCUUGUUGAAGUGAAUUUUGAGCGUCCUGAAAAUUAUUGUUUUGGUGGGCUAGAUUACAGUUCUGGUAGAGAAAGUAAAGGAGACCACUCAAUAUCCUCACAAGAGAUUGUGCUAGUUGGUGAAUCUGAAGAUAUACAAGGUAGUCAGGAGUCCUCACCCACUAAUGGGGAUUCAACUGCUCUUGUUGAAGUAAAUCACGAGUCUCCUGAAGAUUGUUUCGAUGGGCCAGAAACCUGUGGAGAAAGUAAAGAAGAUGCAGAGAUACCUUUUGAAUGGAAUUUGCAAAAUGAAUUAAAUUACAAAUGGAAAGGCUUUUUUGAAAGUAUUCCAGUAGGAAUGGUGAAGCCAUCAAGUACGGGUAAUGUAAGAAGUAAUUCUGAACUAAGCAGCAACCACGUUACAAACUUUCCUGCAAUAGAAUUUGAAUCCCAUGGUAACUCCAACAUUUCUGAGAAUCAACUUGAUGACACUGAUAUACCAGUCUCGCCACCUGAAGUAGCUAGUCAUAAAAAUCUUGACCAUACAGGUCUGAUGGUUAGAGAUGAUAAUACUUUACUCGAUGAAUGCAGUGAAGAUGAAUUUACAGCUGGUGCUGAAGUUCAAGAAAAGCCCUGCUCCACUAUUGAGCAUGGACUCAAUCCUGAUGGAUAUCUGGUUUGUCGCUCAGAUGAUUCACCUGAAUAUGAGGAUAAGCAAUCAUUUGAUUCGAUUGGCGAGGAUGACACUAGUACAUUAGUCUCACCAUCUAAAGUGACUAGUCAUAAAGACCUUGACUGUGCAGGUCUGGAGCUUAGAAGUAAUGAUACUUUACUUGAUAACUGCAAUAAAAAUGAUUAUUCAGGUGGCUCUGAGGAUCAGGAUAAACUCUGCUCUACUACUGCUGAACCUGGCCCCAACCCUGAUGGUUGUCUAAUUUGUCCCUUGGGUGAUUCACUUGAAUACAAGGAGAAGCAAUCUUUUGUUUCCUUAUGUGAUGGCGAGAAGAUACAUGUCAAUGAGGCUACUGAUGAAUUGACUUCUUGUGAUGACCGUGAAGGGUCAAAGUUGCAUGGUCCUGAAAGGCUAUUAUCAACCAGAAAGGCCAUUUCGCCGACUUCUCAAGAAAAGCUCUGCAAAGCCAUGGAUUCCAUUGAUAUUCGUCAUAAAAACAAUCUAAAAUGCAAAGGUGUACUACAAUUUACUGAGGAAAACGAUAAGAAGGGUGAUGCAGAAGGGCUUAAUGAUAUCACAAGAACUGAAGUUACUAGUAUCCCUAACAAAACUGGAGUUACUCUAAAGACUUCAAAAAGUAGUAUCAGUCUUAAGGCUGUUCCCAAGAUUCGUAAUUCUUCUCGUUCAGCAACUCAUUUGGGGUGCAGCACUUUACAGAAUUGCUCAAAGAGUGCUAUUUCAUUUUCAAAGCAGCAGAUGCAUGAUGCAGAAUCUCUUGCUAUGAGACUCACAAAAGAGUUGAAGUCAAUGAAGGACAUUGUGGAUGAUAUGUUACGAUCUGAAUUCUGUCUUAAUACCUCUUUGAGAUAUAAAGUAAAUGAGGCAAGAAUGGCUGUCAAGAGUGCUACAAAAGCUGAAGAAGGUGCAAAGAGGUGGCUGUCCUUCAUGUCAAGGGAUUGCAACCGUUUCUGUAAAAUAAUGAAAUUAUCCGAUAGUAGCUCUUCAACUUCACAAGACGUAGUCUCACCUCCACAAGUAGUGCGCAAAGAGAAAAAAAUCGCCUUCGCCGAUGAAGCAGGUGGAAGGCUCUGCCAGGUUAGAAUCUACGAGGAUGAUGAGGAACAUUUGUCAGAAUCUAAGUGA